CGGUGAUGACGCCAGUGGCGCGCCGCCGGUGCCGCCGCCGGUGCCGGGCAUGGCCCAGCUCGGCGCCAUCGCCGCCCUCGCCCUCGGCGUGGCGGCCGCCGCGCUCCUCUCGGCCGUGCACAAGAUCGACGAGGGGCACAUCGGCGUCUACUACCGCGGCGGCGCGUUGCUGACCUCCACCAGCGGGCCCGGCUUCCACCUCAUGCUGCCCUUCAUCACGUCCUACAAGUCAGUGCAGACCACGCUGCAGACGGACGAGGUGAAGAAUGUCCCGUGCGGCACCAGCGGGGGAGUGAUGAUUUAUUUCGACAGGAUCGAGGUGGUGAAUUUCCUCAUCCAGAGCGCGGUGUACGACAUCGUCAAGAACUACACGGCUGACUACGACAAGGCUCUCAUCUUCAACAAGAUCCACCACGAGCUGAACCAGUUCUGCAGCGUGCACACCCUGCAGGAGGUGUACAUCGAGCUCUUUGAUCAAAUUGAUGAAAACCUUAAACUGGCCUUGCAGCAAGACCUAACCACGAUGGCCCCGGGAUUAAUUAUACAGGCAGUCCGAGUUACAAAGCCAAACAUCCCUGAAACCAUCCGGAGGAAUUACGAGCUCAUGGAGAGUGAGAAGACAAAGCUGCUGAUAGCAGCACAGAAGCAGAAGGUGGUGGAGAAGGAGGCAGAGACAGAGAGGAAGAAAGCUCUGAUUGAGGCAGAAAAGAUUGCACAAGUUGCUGAAAUAACUUAUGGACAGAAAGUGAUGGAAAAGGAGACAGAGAAGCGGAUUUCAGAGAUUGAAGAUGCUGCAUUUCUUGCACGAGAGAAGGCGAGAGCUGAUGCUGAGUGUUACACUGCAAUGAAGGUGGCUGAGGCCAACAAGCUCAAGCUAACUCCUGAGUACUUGCAGCUGAUGAAGUACAAGGCAAUCGCAGCCAACAGCAAGAUCUACUUUGGCAAAGAUAUUCCCAACAUGUUCAUGGACUCUGCAGGGAGCCAGAGCAAAUCUGCAGAGGGACUGGCAGAAGGAAUCCAGGAGGAGGACGGGGCAGGAACCAGUGAGGACACAAAACUACUUCAUAACAUCAACUGAAAAGAAAGAUUUCUAUUCAUUUUAUAUCAAAAAAUCAUGAACUGGGAAAUUCCUUUUAGUUUUCCCCCUUUUCCUGUGCUGAAAGAGAUGAAUCAGAUUUAAUCCUUUCAAUCUUUUAUAUGACAA